CCGAAGUCACACACAGUAGUAAAGUCAUCAUUUAGUCAUUGAAACUUUUCGACACAGUCAAUUCUUAUUCAAAAUUCGGACGUGCAGCACUUUCGCUAUAAUUAAUUGACGUGAAGUUUUCCAACCGAAUUGAAGGCAACAAGACAAUACGUGCUCAUAACGUGUAUGAAUUGAAAAUGGCUGCAGGCAAUGCGAUCGUUUAUAUUGGAUUCCAGUUGCUCGCAUUAUUGGUGCUAGUCAAUGGACACGGCCGGCUUAUGAAUCCGCCAUCUCGUAACGCUAUGUGGCGAUUUGGAUAUCCAAACCCGGUAAAUUAUGAUGAUAACGAACUCUUCUGUGGCGGAUAUGCAGUUCAUUGGGACCAAAAUGGUGGUAAAUGUGGAGUAUGCGGAGAUGCAUAUCAUUUGGAAGAGCCGCGACCACACGAAGCGGGUGGAACAUAUGCCAAGGGUAUUACGUCAAAGUUUUAUGCCGCUGGGCAAACAAUUGAUAUCGAAGUGGAAUUGACUGCAAAUCAUCAAGGUUAUUUUGAAAUAUCCUUAUGUCCAAACAAUAAUCCAUACAUUGAAGCCGACCAGGAAUGUUUCGAUAAGUAUCCUCUGAAAGUUGAAGACGCCGAAGAUAAUAAAUUCUAUAUUCCAAAUGAAGCCGGUAAAAAGGGAACGUUCAAGUAUCGAAUUGAGCUGCCACCAUUUGUAACAUGUACCCAAUGUAUUUUGCAAUGGACAUACUUUACGGGGAAUAUGUGGGGAACUUGUGAAAAUGGAACGGAGUCAGUCGGUUGCGGAAAGCCAGAGAUAUUCCGAAAUUGUGCCGACAUUGCCAUUACAUCUAAUACCGGUGGUGUGCCUCCUCUUUUCAUUGGAAAGAGUAACCCGUUCUUAUUGUACUACAGAGAUUACCGAGCACCCGAAGAUGAAAAUGUUUUCCCACUUAUUGUUCGCGAUCAAGUUUGCAUUCCAUCGCAAUCGUACCGCAUUUUACCUGGCAUGAGAAGUUGGUGUCAAACAAAUUGUAUGCGUUACCCUCCGAACUGUCCUGAAUCGGUUUGCCAUUGCCCAACGACAUGCGAAGCUAUUGGGGAAAUUGCUGGACAAGAAGGAGCCGAUGUGUACUGUCAAGACGCUUGUAUCAAGCACAACGCAAAUUGUCCAGCUGAUCGAUGCAGAUGUUAUUAAAGCACCCUCCCUUCUGAUUGAUUUAUCCAUUUGCAUUUCUACUUGGAAAUAUUGAAUACCAUAAAGAUAUCAAAGAAUGUUUUUCUUGAAAAAUGUAAAUAUGGACAACAUAAUAGAAAAUGCGCCACGAAGUAGGCAAUUUAAAAAAGAUACUCAAUAUUUAAACUCAAUUCAACGCGUUUUGAGUAAAAUAUUGAAAGAUGUAUCGUAUUGAAAAAAUGACAAAAAAAACGUUAGUUUCGUUAGAUUUCUUACCUUUCCACAUGUACUUUAGAAGAAGAAAUAAUGACCUCAUAUGUUAAGCUUAAAACAAAGAUUUACUUACGUAAGAUUAGCUUUUAGCACUUUGUUAGCACGCUUAACUCUCUCAAUUAAAAGCCAUAUAUAUACCAGUUAAAAAGUAAAAGACCAUUGUUAUUGCUUGAAAAAAAAAAGAAAUGUAUACAUUUAUUGAUCGAACUCUCACAUAAUGGAAAGGACAAAAAAAUUACUUUCAAUUAAACUUACAAUAAUAACAUUUUAGGCAUUUUUUACAACGAUUAUAGAAAAUAUAUAUAUGUGUUUGUAUGUAAAAUGUAAACUCUUGUUGCGAAACAUAGAAAAACAAAAUAA